GGCAAGGCAUUCAGUCGUUGGUUCCCUACAAGCAAACAACUAAAUUUAAUUUUUUAAUUUAAGUUUUACUUCUCUCCCCCACACAAAACUCACAACUAUGAACUCCUUCUCCGUGUUCUUGGUGUUUGCAUUGGCAGCACUGGUCGUUGCGGAACCACCAUCAGGAUAUAAUUAUCCGCGAGGCGGCGGUGGCGGUGGCUCAUUCGGCGGUGGCUUUGGUGGUGGCUCACUAGGAGGUGGUUCAUUCGGUGGUGGUGGCGGCGGCGGCGGCUAUCAAGCCGUCAGCGGUGGCUUCCAAACAUCCGAAGGCCAGAAUGUCGAUCCUCAGCUAUUGGAACAAGUGCGCCAAAUUCUGCUGAAUGAGGAGAGCAAAUCCAGUUCAGGCGGCGGUGGCGGUGGUGGCGGCGGUGGCUAUCCAUCCGGCUCCUACGGCCCACCGUCCGGCUCAUAUGGACCACCAUCAUCGUCAUAUGGUGCGCCUGGCUUCGGUGGCGGUGGCGGCCGUGUGGUCGGCAUCGAUUUGGAGGGUGUACGCCAGGCCAUCCAAGUGGCGCAAUUCGCACAACAGAGCACGCAAGCUGGCGGUGGUGGCGGCUUUGGCGGCUAUCCAAGCGCACCAUCUGGCUCGUAUGGUGCCCCAUCGAGACCAAGUGGCAGCUAUGGCGCGCCCUUCUAAGGAGGUGCAGGAUGUGUGUCGUUUUUAAUUACGUUUUAAUGUUAGCUAAAAACAAAUCGGCGUCGGUCGUCUGUGACCAGGUAGAUGAGUAACAAAAAGGAAAAAGAUACAUUUAUAGACCGCGAUCCACAGCCAAUCAAUAUGCCAAUCAAUGAGCAAACAAUGAAAUAAUCAAUCAAUCAAUCAAUGAAACAAACAACACGCUGCCAAAUAAAUGAAAUUGAAGUUGAAAAAGAAGAAGAAGAAGAUGAAGCAGAAGAUGAAGAUACAUAGAAAUGAAUGAUGAAGAUGAGGCGAUUCGAAGCAUUGGUUACAAUGAAAGCAAAAAUUGAAAGUGAAAGCGUUUCGAAAAUAACGUUAAUGAACAUGAGCAACUACAACAACAACAAUGCCAGACACAACAACAACGCCACUCAAUGGAUAAUUAGACAAUCACGGAUGAAGAAGCGACAUUAGCAACAACAACAAUAACGCAACAGUCAGCCAACACAGCCAAAGUACGCAGUGUUGCUCUGCUGUCUGUGGCAACAUUGUUGCGCAUUUGUUGCUGUGACUAAAUGUCUCGAAACAUGUGUUGAAUAGAGACGUGUAGAAAAUA